UCGCUGAGCGACGAAAGCAGGAGAGGGAGGGGGUGGGGUUGUGAGCGAACCUUGGUGGUGGUGGUGGUGGUUGUGGAGCGGCCUGUGAAGGUAUCAUGGCUGCUGCCACGGAGCUUAGUCUCCCAAGCAGCGGUGACAGGAGCCUGGAGCGAAGCUGCAGCCCCAGCGUCUCCCGAGAGGUGCUCUGCGAAGUCUUUCGCUCCCUGCACGCCCUGCCUGGAAAGCUUAGCCUCAGAGACGAUGUGGUGAAAAUUACAAUCGAUUGGAACAAGCUCCAGAGCCUCUCAGCAUUCCAGCCUGCAUUGCUCUUUAGUGCACUUGAGCAACACAUUUUAUAUUUACAGCCUUUUUUAGCAAAACUUCAGCCUCUGAUUAAAGAGGAGAAUACAACUGCUUGUGAAGACAUAGGAAAAACAGACAUGGGGAACAAAAAUGAAAUAAACACCAAAUUUUCCAUUGGUGACCAGGAAGAAAAGCACAAAGAUUGUGAUUUAGGAGAUGUGAAAAAGACACAGAUCCAUUUUGAUCCAGAAGUGGUUCAAAUAAAGGCCGGAAAAGCAGAAAUUGACAGACGAAUAUCUGCGUUUAUUGAAAGAAAGCAAGCUGAAAUCAAUGAAAACAACGUCAGGGAAUUUUGCAAUGUUAUUGAUUGUAAUCAAGAAAAUAGUUGUGCAAGAACUGAUGCUGUUUUUACCCCUUACCCUGGAUUUAAAAGUCACGUAAAGGUUUCUAGAGUUGUGAAUACAUAUGGACCACAGACUAGACCUGAAGGAAUUCAAGGGUCAGGUCAUAAACCUAAUAGCAUGCUUCGAGAUUGUGGUAAUCAGGCUGUAGAAGAACGACUGCAAAAUAUUGAGGCUCACUUGCGAUUACAGACAGGUGGUCCUGUGCCAAGAGACAUUUAUCAAAGAAUUAAAAAACUUGAGGAUAAAAUCCUUGAAUUGGAAGGUAUCUCUCCUGAAUAUUUUCAAUCUGUGAACUUUUCUGGAAAAAGAAGAAAAGUUCAACCACCUCAACAGAACUAUUCACUGGCUGAACUUGAUGAGAAAAUUAGUGCCCUCAAACAAGCCCUCCUCAGAAAAUCAAGAGAAACAGACUCCAUGGCAACUCACCACCUUCCAUGAAAAACUCUCAUCCUUGUCAUUUUACUUUUUUAUAUAAGUGUGUGUAACUUACACUGUAAUUAAUUUAACGGAUAUCUAUUUAUCAAUGUAGACUUCUCUGUGAAGUCAAGGUUUAUUUUCACAUGACUCUGCCUUGCAGAAAGUAAUCUUCAGAUGUUCUGGUGAGUUUUGGAAUAAUGAAUGCAGUGAAAGUAGUAUUGUUGGAAUUUAUUCCCUUCUGUUUUAAAGGAGGUAUUUGGAAAUUAAAUACAGAUUCAUCUUUUUCCUUUUGUGGACCACAGAAAGGAAGAUUUAUUUUGAUAGUGAUAUUUAAAAGGACUUUAUAUAUAAUAUUGGUGUUAACCAGUUUAUUAGUUUAAAGCAGUACUUUGCAUAUAAUAGGUAUUAAACAAAAAUUUAUUGACUGAAAUGAAUUUUAAGUGCAUGCGUAAAUUUUUUAUUUUUCAGAUGUCAGUGUUAAUGUAAAUAAACAAUAGAUCCUACUUUA